GUUGGAUGUGAUUAAUUUACCAUCUGCAGAGGAGCUGCUAGCACCAAAUGUUGUUCUGUGGAGAACACCAAAGGCAACUCAUUACAGCGAGAAAUGAAAGACUGAACAUUCCUCUCGGAUGUGAGGAGUCAAGAUUGCCUGAUAGGCUUGCCUCUGACCCCUGUCCUGACCUUGAUUGAAGACAGCUAGAAACCUCCCAGCUACAGUAAUCCCUGCCCUGGGCAGCUUGUCCUGGGGCAUUCUGUUUCCAAGUAACCGGGACAGCCCCUUGUGGAGGAAGACCACCUCCAACAGUCAGAAUCAGAAAUGAGUGGACCUCGUAAGAGCACUACUCCCAAAAGGGUUAUCCACUUUGCUAACGGAGACACCAUGGAAGAAUACAUCACAGAGGAAGAGGAAGAGCUAGAGGAACAGAACUCAGCAUAUGACUCCUCUAAACUUUCGUGGGGAUCAUACUUCUGGUUUUGGGCAGGUCAAGUAGCAAGCAAUUCAAUUUCUACUUGUGAAUUCCUUGGUGAAAGAUUUGCCGUCUUCUUUGGUCUUACCGAACCCAAAUAUCAGUAUGUGCUGAAUGAGUAUCGCAGAACACAAAAUAAGGAAGCUGACAAGGACACUGAAGGGAAUGGAUCAAAGGCCCAGGAUGCCAAGAUUCCUAAUGAAAAGUGUCACCUGGGAGCUGGUGGCCAAGAGUAUGGGGCCAUCUCUUCCAGAGGAGGCCUGGUGGCAGAUUCCAGCUCAUGA